AAGACGUCAGCGGUGGAAUUAAUCACAACAAACACUUAGUCGUUAAUACGAAAAUGUUUUCCUGUUGUGUCUGCAAUAAAGCCUCGAAGAAAGCUGAGGGGAUUUCCGGAGAACCUGAAGAUGAUGAAAAAGGUGAGGAGUUGGAGACUCCAGAGGGCGACGAGGGUAAGACAGCGACAAUUUCGAAUGCCGAGACGAUUGAAAAAUUGAUGGACCCUGAGGAUGCUGAUAAGGAUGAAAUUGAUAAAGUGGAUGUGAUCGAGUCGAGGUCAUUGCCUUCGGAGGGGGGCAUUUCGGAGCUACCGGAGGAAUCGCCUGGGGGUAAAGAUCCAGAAGAAUGUAAUAUUCCUCUGGAGAAAGGACCUCCGAAGACAGUCUGCCUUUUUGAGGCGCCGGCGUACAUUGAGAGGACAAUUAAGGAUGGCCCGGACGAGGAUGGUGAUGAUUCCGUCUUCGAGAGCUCCGUCCAUAUCGACGACCUGGGGUCGAGGUCCAGGAAAUCGACUGACGUUUUGUCAGAAUGCAAUGACGCCCCGGAUAAUCCUCCUGGAGAUGAGGGGCGAUCUGUCAGAUCUGUCAUCAGGUGGCUGUCCCAGGAGGAGGACGACGUCGACGAGGCUUGUGGUGGCAUGCAGGAACCCCCGGCUACUCCUGUCGCCAAGGACGAACUUGCUUUAAGGAGACACAGAUUUUUCUCUGACCUCAUCGACGCUGCUAAACACUCCGCUGAACACAGAGUGAGAUUCGAUCCACUCGGCCCAUUGAUCCAUCCUGGUUGUGAUACAGAACGAGAGGAUCAUCUAGAGGAAUUAGUGACUCGUCUGGAGAACGUGACAAAUCGUUUGGAAGUUCUUCCAUCGAAGCUCUUUAUCCUAACUCAGGAAACGGGCGUUCAAACUCAGGGCUCAUCUCCGAAGCGAUCCGAUCACUCGAGCCCAGAUACCCUCUCCAUCGAGAGCGUUGUGGAAUUAGUUAGUCGUGAUUCUGAAGACCCUAGCCUUCCAUCUAUCAUGUCGAUUGUGGAUUAUGAGGAUCUCCUCAAUGGACCAGUCGCCGAGUUCCUGCAACUAAGUCGGAAAAUUGGGGGCGACGUUGAAGCCCUCAGUAAACUCGUGGAGAAAGCGUUCCAGACUCAACUAGAAUUUCUGCGAAUGGCAACGACUCGUUGUGCCCCGGCGAAUCAAUCCGAACAAAUGGCUCUGCUUUCUCCCACGUCCCUACAAAUUCAAGCGAUCCAGAAGUACCCUGAGAAAAAUCGUGGCUCCCAAUAUUUCAAUCAUUUAUCCGCAAUAAAUGCGAGCAUCUCAGCACUGGGAUGGGUGGCAGUGUCUCUCACUCCGGGUCCCUACGUCAAAGAAAUGAACGACGCUGGUCAGUUCUACACCAAUCGUGUCCUGCGGGACUGGAAGGAGACGGACAAGACCCACGUGGAGUGGUGUAAAGCGUGGGUGCAGAUACUAACGGAUCUCCAGAAGUACGUAAAACAGCAUCACACAACGGGCCUUGUCUGGGCCAAGACUGGCUCAGCUCCGCCACCACCACCUCCUGGGGCAAUGCCACCACCACCUCCCUGUAUGCCAAUCGGUGAUGUCAGUGGAUCAUUGGGUAAUGACGAUAGGAGUGCGCUAUUUGCACAGAUCAAUCAGGGUGAGAACAUCACGAAGAGCCUCAAGAAAGUUACGUUGGACAUGCAGACACACAAGAAUUCAUCGUUGAGGACCGGACCAGCGCCUUUCAAAGCACCUGUUGUCUCCAACUCCAGCAACUCAGCUACGAAAACUGUUCCACCAGCGAGUCAACCCAUUGACAAACUUCCAUCUUUCACGAGAGACGGAAAAAAAUGGUUCAUAGAAUAUCAGAAGGGGAAUAAAGAUCUCUUUAUUGAUAACCCAGGGAUGCAGAACGUCGUCUACAUGUACCGAUGCCAGGACAGCAUCUUGACCGUCAAAGGGAAGAUAAACUCAAUUGUCAUUGACUCAUGCCACAAGUCCUCGAUUGUAUUUGACUCUGUUGUCUCCAGUAUUGAAUUUGUGAAUUGUCAAAGCAUACAAAUGCAGGUUCUUGGGGAAGUACCGACAAUUUCAAUAGACAAGACUGAUGGCUGCCAGAUGUACCUCAGCCCUGAGUCGCUAAACGUUGAGCUAAUUACGAGUAAAUCGAGUGAAAUGAAUGUUAUGGUGCCGACGGGAAAUGAGGAUUACACGGAGUAUCCAGUGCCAGAGCAAUUCAAGACCACCGUAAACCGCAAGGGACUCAGCACAAUACCAGUCAGCUCUCUCGGCUAAAGCCGAAGUUAUUCAAUAAGUUUUUCAAGUUCCCAAAUGAAUUACGCGAUAAAAAAUGGAAAUAUUUCCAUAAUCACCCUGUGAAAUUCAUCAUUAACGAUUUCCAUUAUUUAUGCUUUCACUUGUCUCGUUUGAAUCGAUAGAUAAAGUUUCGUGGUAUACAGUAUUUAUCAAUCCAUCAAUUAAUUUUUAAUCUGGAGGAGAGAUCAGCGAGAAAUUCCGGAGAAAACAUCACUGAGUUGGACAAAAGUUUGUUGUUCCUAUUGACUCCAUUUUUAUACAUUUACACCAUUUAUAACCGCAGAACUUUUCUCCAGCUCACAUUCGGCUAAUCCUAGAAUAUGAUUAUGAUAAAUAUUGGCUAGAAUUUUGGAUUACCCAGGAAUGCAGUCAUGUUAAUUAUAACGAUAAAUUAACAAUUCCCAAUCCUCUACCCAAAAAAAAUAACCCGAAGCUGCAUUUUAUUAACUGUUAAUCCGUUGGGGACUGUGCGGAAAUUUUGCCGAUGGUUUUUACAAGGAAAAGUCUUUGUCAUUUGGAGAAUUAUUUCUAGUGAUGUAUCUAUCUAUUUAACUGGACCUUUUAAUAAAGACGAUGUAAUAUGCAAA